AUGGUGGCACCUGUUUUCAAAGGCCAGAAUGGUCAUUUACCAAUGCUGUGUAACCAUGGCAGCUUCACUAUGGUCUGGAAAACACCAGCAUACAUAGCCACAGUUCCAUACUACACACUACAGCUACCAGAUAACCCAUCAUCAACACCAUGCUCACUAUAUCAUCUUCCAUUCUUAAUGGCAAUAAAUCACAGUGCCACCCAGGAUAUUACACACUAUAUGCACCAGGAAUUUUCCAGUCAAACCUUACUGGGACCAAAUGCCCCCAAACCAGAUCCUCCACUCUACAUUCCAACACACAGCAUUGUUGCUAUGAAUCAGACAGUGGCCAGCAUGCAUGUGGCAUACAAUAAUAGAAUAAUCCUUGGUACUGGCAAUACCAUUGCAUUGUGGUACCUUCCCAGUGCCAUCACCAAUGAUUUGCAAGCAUCCCUGCAGACACACAUGCUUGCCACUCUGGACCCCCUUCACCACGCAAUGUCCAAGAGUAUGACAAGUGGCUCCUGGUGGAAAAAUGCUGAAUAUUUCAAUCACACUUCAUGGUCACCAGGGUGCCUGGAGUUUUCCCUGGCCAGGCACCAACAGGGGCAUAUGGUAUGGCUAUAUUACCUCAGGGUUUCUGCUGACCUACAGAUGGAUGCCAGUUGUGAAUGGUCCCAGCAGUCUUACCUCCCAGCUGCCAUCCUCUCUGGUGCACUUUCAAUUAUGCACCCAGGCCUGUAUGACACUGGAAGGCAAGCCAUGCAGUCAUUGGACACAUGGUUGAGUCAGCAUAACCAAGAUAUGCAUGAUGCCUUGCAGCACUGGCCAUUGUCCAAUUGGUAUGACAUGCUGGUCACAGUUGGUGAUUAUGAAGAUUGUGUAUUGGAUAUCCCCAUGCUUGGCCUUCAGUUCCUUUACAAACCUGGCACUGUAGUUGCAUUUUCUGGCAGGCUUCUUCAACAUGGGGCUAGUUCUAUAUUAUAUGCCAUCCUGAGCCAAGUUAUUUUCCAUAUACCUCCCCCAAAUAUCAACUAUGGCUGGCCUGUAAUUGGCAGAACACUUCAACUUGAGUCCAAAUCCAGUCAGAUGGCCCACUGGGAGAUUGGCUUGCUUGUUGUGCACAAGACCAUGGCAUAUGUGCCAGACCACAUGGAUUGGUGA